CUGACUCUCCACGUACUUGUUCCGAUAAUGAUAAUUGCAGGUGUUCAGUGCUGAGAGCGAUGCAAUGGAAGGUGUCCAGGGAAGUUCAGAUGAAAUCACUGGAGAGGACACAGCAAACACCCUGCGCAUUUUGUCUGUUGAAUCUAUAAAGAGUGAACCUUCAGAGGAGACCAUUGUGUGGGACAAGACAAAUACUCAACACAAGACAAAUACACAACACAUUUUAUGUGCUGAAUCUGUGUGUAUAAAAACAGAACCUUCAGAAGAAUUUACUGUGGUAGCAAAGAAAAAUGAUCUGCACAUUUUGUGUACUGAGUCUAGUAAUACAGAAUCUGCAGAGGGAACCAAUUUGGUGGACACGAUCAACAGUUCACAUCUUCCGUUUGUUGAAUCAGCACAGACUUUACCCUGUAGACUGAACGAUUUUGUCAUGCCGUCUGUUGAACUCCCUGUUGAAUCUGUUCAAGGGAGACUGGUGCAUGUUAAAACAGAAAAUCUUUUUUCUCAUGACCAGCUUGCUAUGUGUAAAUCAGAAGUGUCUGACGAAACACAGUUAUCUGUGUUGGGAGCAAACCAGAUCUCUAGAGAGCUUCACGAAACAGUGAAGACGGAACAGAGUGAAUUCAGUGAAGAGAUCUGUGUCAUCAUCAAGACAGAACCCAUAGAUAUACAUGAAGAAGGUAGGAGUGCAGAUGUCGGUAAUCAGCAGUUCGUAUGUGAAGAUAAUCGCUCAGGUAAAGCAGGUGUUUGCACCUCUCCUUGGAACCAAAGUGAUAGGCAUUCGUCUUUUCCGGAAAUCCUGCCUACUAUAAAUACGGGAAAUACAGGAAAUUCAGGAAUCCUUCCAGGAAUGCCAUUAGGAAACCCAAGAGACUACACCGACAUAUCAAGAGGAAACCAGAAAAACCUCUCUAGCAUAUCACUAGGAAACUUAGGAAACUGCACAGACACGUCCAAAGGAAAUUGGGGAAAUGUCCCUGGUAAGCCAAGAGGAAAUUCAGGAAACCUCCCUGGCAAACCUGGAAAAAUCAUUCAUGCUGCAGACUCAAGCUGGUCAUGUGUAGAAAGUUCAACAGAUCUGGAUCCAUCCAUGGCAGACAACAGCAGUUUCCUAGACUUUGUCACGUCUUCUUUUGUGGAAGUUGAAGAGUCAGUUAUAGGCCAAGAAGAUUUCAAAGAACUUCAGUCGAGCUACAAAUUAAGGGUGAAAUCAAAGGAAAACUCUGUUAGGAGUCAAACAAAACUUCCUGGUAAUGAUACGUGUACUAAACAGGGAUUAAAUGUUUCCGUACAAGGAGGAGUAAUGAGUGACACUUGUAACGCCAUGUACAGGACUGCCAAGUACCAGCCUGUGGUUAGGUUGGAAAGACUGGAGGGUGUACAUGUGAGUGUUAAGUUACUCAACCAUGCAGCUUCUGAAACACCCGGCAAGGGGAAACAGGGGAGUAUGGAUGAACAGGUGAAAAUGAAACUUACAAAGGGCGUGUGUAAAACCAGUUUACAGUUAAAAGGUUUGGAAAUGGACCUCAGAAAGCCUUGCCGUACAACCAGUUCCAAGUCCGGUUUGUCAUCUCCACACAAGAAAAUACCCUUUACCUGCAAAAUCUGUGGGCGAACGGUUACACGACUAUACGGCCUGCUUAUACAUAUGAGGACUCAUACAGGUGAGCGUCCAUAUUCGUGUGACAAAUGUCCAAGGGCAUUCACCUGUCUGUCUAGUUUGAACGUGCACCGAAAGCUGCACACAGGUGAAAAACCUUAUGCCUGUAGCAUUUGCAACAAACGAUAUAUAUAUUCACACCUGUUAAAAGUACACAUGGGAUCUCACACAAGGCCGUAUUCAUGUCAGAUAUGUCAUAAAAGAUUUCCUUCUAUAAGAGUGCUUAGGGCUCACAAAGUAGUGCAUACAGGAGAAAGGAAAAAACCUUUUAAAUGUGAAAUUUGUCAGAAAAACAUGAUUUCUAAAGUUGCCCUUGUGCAGCAUUCACUGAUUCACACAGGUGAGAGACCCCACAGCUGUACCAUUUGUAAGAAAACAUUCACUUUGAGGGUCAAUCUGACGCACCAUUACAAAAUUCACACAGGGGAGAAACCGUACGCCUGCGCCCAUUGCCCUAAACGAUUCAUAUCAUCCUCACAUUUAAAGAGGCAUACAGUAACACACACAAAAGUGAAAGCCUUCAGCUGUGACAUUUGUCAUAAGAGAUUUUCAGGUCGUGACACCGUGAGGUCACAUAUGCAUACGCACUCGGAUGAAAGACCACACACCUGCAAGAUAUGCCAAAAGAGCUUCAAGACCAAAGGUGCGUUAAGAGCUCAUAUGAGAUCCCACACAGACGAAAGACCGCACAAAUGUGGGAUAUGUUGGAAAGGCUUUAAGCAAAAAGGUAAUUUAAAAGCGCACGUGCAGAUACACAGUGGUGACAGGCCAUACAUCUGUAAGGUUUGUCACAAAGGCUAUAAAACAGAGGGCAACUUGCGAGUGCACAUGGUGUCACACAAGGUUGCAAGACCUUUCGUCUGUGAGAUUUGUCAAAAAAGCUUCAAAACGACAUGUUAUUUAAAGGCACACAUGAGAACACAUCAAGAUAAGAGGCCAUAUGCCUGUAGCGCAUGUGGGAAAAAGUUUGUUACGCUUGCCUAUUUGACACAACAUGAACUUCUUCACACAGGUGAAAAACCAUUUGCCUGCAAAGUUUGUGAAAGAAGUUAUGCCACUCCUCAAUAUCUUAGAAGACAUGUCUUGAAAAUGAAACAUGAAUAAGAAUUGUUUUUGUUGAGAAACAUGAAGUAAGACUGGUGGUGUUUGUACUGUGAUCGAUUAUGAUUUAUGUACAGGACUAAGUGGUUUUCCACUCUGCAACAACUUUAUUGAACUGAGCUGGAAUUGGUGUUGACUGAUCAAGGGAUUACACUGUAACAAUUUUUUUAAAACAGAACUCUGCAUGUUUAAUAUGACAAAGGACUGUGUUUAUCAGUUGGAGUCUGGUUAGUCAACAGAACUGUGUGGUUAUUCAAAAGGACUGUGUGGUUAUUCGACAAAACUGUGUGUUUUCUCAGCAGUUCUGUGUGGUUAUUCAAAAGGACUGUGUGUUAAUUCUACAAAACCGUGUGGUUUCUCAACAGAUCUGUGUGGUUUCUCAACAGAUCUGUGUGGUUAUUCAAAAGGACUGUGUGGUUAUUCGACAGAACUGUGUGGUUUCUCAACAGAUCUGUGUGGUUAUUCAAAAGAACUGUGUGGCUAUUCAAAAUGACUGUGGUUUCUCAACAGAUAUAUGUUGUUAUUCAAAAGGAUUGUGUGGUUAUUCAAAAGGACUGUGGUUUCUCAACAGAUCUGUGUGGUUAUUCAAAAGGACUGUGUGGUUUCUCAACAGAUCUGUGUGGUUAUUCCAAAGGACUGUGUGGUUAUUCGACAGAUCUGUGUGGUUAUUCAAAAGGACUGUGUGGUAAUUCUACAGAACUGUGUGGUUUCUCAACAGAUCUGUGUGGUUAUUCAAAAGGACUGUGUGGUUAUUCGACAGAACUGUGUGGUUAUUCAAAAGGACUGUGUGGUUAUUCGACAGAACUGUGGGGUUUCUCAACAGAUCUGUGUGGUUAUUCUAAAGGACUGUGUGGUUUCUCAACAGAUCUGUGUGGUUAUUCGAAAGGACUGGUUAUUCAAAAGGACUGUGUGGUUAUUCAACAGAACUGCUUGAUUAUUCUAGAGAACUGUGUUCUUACUCUACACAAGGGUGUUACUCUACAGGACUGUGAUGUUUCUCUACAAGACUGUGCAGUAAGCUACACUACAGGGCUGUUGUCCUUCUACAGCGUUGUCACUUUUGUAAAGGAAUGCAAGGUUAUGCACAAGACUGGUGAUUGCACAGGGCUGUGUGGGUUUCAGUCAGUAACAGUGAAGACUGUAAAGGUUGUGAAGUUACUGCAUGAGCUUGAGUGGUUGCUACAUUGGGUUGUGCAGUUACUGCAUGGGGCUGUGCGGUUGCUGCAUGGGCCUGUGCGGUUACGACAUGAGGAUGUAUGUAAAUUUUUUACAACCGGAAAUCAAAACUGAGUUUUUUUUUUUUUCUGGUCCAGAUUGAAUUUAGCUAUAUUGUAUACACAAACUAUAA